AUGACCGCCGGCAGCGAGAAGACAAGGGAGAAAGCGAAGAGAACGAAACGCGACAACAGAAAGAAACAUGACUCUAAACGUCAGGAUACCGGUGAUGGAGGAUACGAGAGAAAGACGACAGUCUCUUCCUCUAGUUCAGCCAUUCCAUCUCUAGAGCUACCAAUGCUUAUGCCCAUCCCAGUCGCCGACCCUCGUCCAUUCGAUGUGCUGCACCCGAAGCCACGCCAGAUGAACCUGUCGUCUACAAAGUAUUCCGAAGUCCUUGGCCAGUCAUAUAAGUUUUAUGAAAUUGCUGACAAAGUCAGCAACAGAAAUGGGUUCAGGUACACAUAUGCAAUUGAAGACCCAAGAUUCCCACACAUUAAAUACAGGCAGACCGACGUCCCGCCGUACCACUCACGAUUCAGCUUUGAAGAUUCCCCAACUUCAAUCAUCUUCACAGAAGACGGCCGAGGAGUAAGUACGCAUGACCCAUGGCAUUCAGCCCGAGCAAAUGUUUGCGCACGCGAGGGAACAUAUUAUUACGAAGCCAAGGUAGUAAGCGGGGUGAUUCGAGAUUCACAGCCAGGGCCAUCUGCUCGUGGGAAUAUACGACUAGGGUUUGCGCGCCGGGAGGCUGACCUUGAUGUUAACGUUGGCGUUGACUGCUAUGGCUAUGGGAUUCGGGAUGUUAAUGGCGAGGUUGUUAAUCGGAUGCGAUGCGAAUAUUUCUUCCCCAAGGACGAAUCUAUUUGCGAGGGCGAUGUGAUUGGCAUGUUGAUCACUCUACCGCCGCUGGAACUGCACAAGAAGGUCGUCGAAGGGACAUAUGAUCCACCAGCUGAAGGCGAUGAGAUGGAUGUAGACCAUCCAUCACCACUACCAGCACCUAUAAAUUUCAUUCGAGACCGAAUCCCGUUCCACUUGAAGUCUGAUUUUAUGUACCAGCAAAGCCAUGUGUUUGCCUCUAAGCAUCUUCGUGACUAUGCAUUUAACCUUAAAGAGACUCCUACAUAUGGCCCUCCUUCGCCAGGCAAUGCAGAAGACGCAUCCCUUCGAACGUUACCAGGCUCCAGCAUUACUAUUUUCAAGAAUGGCGUUAAAAUGGGUACCCCCUUUGAAAACUUAUAUGCCUUUCUCCCACCAGCUUCUCGUUUCGCACAGGCGAGUAAUAACCUGGGCAUAGGUGAGCGAGAAAAUGCUGAUGAUGGCAUGAUCGGCUAUUAUCCAACUGUCAGCUGCCAUAAUGGUGGAGCAGUGGACUGUCGAUUCGAGGCUCCCUGGUUCAUUGGCCCUCCUACUGAAGAGUUUCCGGAUGUUAAGCCCUUUGGCGACAGAUUCAAUGAUCAGAUUUGUGAGGACAUAGUGGCGGAUAUUGUUGACGAGGUGGAUGCGUUCUGUACUGGCUGGCGAUUAGAUAUGCCUGCUACUCAUGCAGCUAGUGGUACGAAUGCCUCUACGCCAGCUCCUUCGAAUCUACGAGAAGCGAGUGUAGCAAGUGCCCCUAUAAGCAUGGCCAUGGACGGAGCAUCAGAUACGCCGAGUGCGCUGAGUCAUACCAUGGAAUGA